AGCGCGAUCGAAUCGACGUUUCAGAGAGGAUGACGCUGGCGCAAUCUGGGGAAUAAAGACGAAGGGCCGCGAAUACUGUCUGGGCAUAUGACUGCAGAAGCUGCAUGCCUAAGAAAGCAGACACACCAAUCCCUAGCUUGAGCAGACAGCCGUCGGCCGAGACGCAGGGAUGUGUGCUGUUGGGUUUGCCCUCCAGCGUUCGCUGGUCGGAGUCCGGGGCGCGUCUAGCAAAGCGUGGCCAAGGGCUUCGAUCCACGGCCCGCGUCUUGAAAGCUACGAGGAUAGAGACGAGGGAGGCAGUUGGAGUGCAUUGUGCUUUUUCAAUCCACGGGCGGCUAGAAAGAAGUGGCAUCGAGCAUGGCUACAAUCCCCGCGAAACCGCGCAGAGCAAUUGUUGGAAAUGGGGAGAAAGAGAGAGGGAGAAAGGGAGGGGGAGAGAGGGUGUGUGAGAAAGAGAAGGAGAGAGCGAGAUUUCGUAUGUGGUAGGUCUUCCUGAUGCGCGGAUGCUUUUGAGGCAGGAGAGGAGGCGAAGGAAGAGUACCACAGUAGGGAAACGAACAUGCACUCCUCCCUAUAGCGAAUAAGCACACACACACACUCACUCCCUCCCUCACUCCCUCCCUCACUCACUCCCUCACUCACUCCCUCACUCAUUCAUUCAUUCGACCAUUCAUCCGUUCAUUCGCUCGCGCCUCCCUCGCUGCUCCUGUGCGCAACUACACACAUACACACAGACACACACAGACACACGCACGUACGCGCACGCACGCGGAACUCAGUGCCCUUCCACAUCUGCACAAGUCAGUAGCACCGGGCCCGCGUCAUGCACGCCACAAGCGGUGCGCACUGGCUUUCGCUGCUGCUCGGAUUUCCCAGCCAGGCGGCUGACCCCCAUCGCUUCUCGACUCUCUCUGCAGCUUGUCGCCCCCGCCGAUUUGCUCCCCAGCAAAAACGUAAACGCGGCUCCAUCCAGGAUAGCUCUGCUUUUGAGACCAGAUCUCUGCUGGGUUAGCACCGCGACGGACCAGCCCUCAUGCUGCGCUUUUAAGAGGUGCCGCCAGCUGCUGCUGCGGCGAGACGAUGCGACAGCCGCAUUUCAUUGCUGCAGCAGGAAAAAAAACCAGCCUGCUCAACACCCACAACCUCCCGCUUCCCGCUUGCGCCCGCGUCCACGCUCACGCUCCGCCGCGCACACGCAGCCGUGCUCAGUCGCACUUGCCCGCACUUGCGACCCGGUCGUCGCUUCCUGCUGUACCUCGCUACACCGCGUCCUCUCGGCGCGUAUUUUCGUCACCAAAAGCGCUGCCAAAAGCAAGUUAGUGCCAACGACUCAACGACGGGAAGGAGCGCCGCAUUGAUCCUUCGUUCCUUCUCCCUUCUCCUCUUUGUCUGCGGCGCCUGCAGCGUGGGCAUGUUUCCCACUCGCACCUGCCGUCGACCUGAUUUAUUGAUCCACUUUCAGCCUCUCUUCAGCCCUGAACGCCUCAUCAACUUCGUCCAUACCAACGUUCGGCAUUCCCGGUCGACCCUUAUACUGCAACCACUACUUCUCUACGUCCACGACCGUUCUGUGCAUCGCGCGGCAUCUUAUAUCUUGUGGCAGCCGACCUUUUGUUGUUUCAACCCUCAACGGAACUCCCAUACACACAACCUGUUCUGCCGCCACGCCUGCAGGAACACACAGCAAACGUCACUCUACGAUUUGCUGGCGUCCCCACUUGACCAUUUCUCAAGCCCAUAUUACCAAACCACUGCAGCAUACUCGGCUCGCUUUUGACGACAUAUCCUCCUUUUCGAGAUCGUCACUUCCUCUUCUUUUGUUUUUUACUUGAGCUUGCUCCUUCUGCGUACUUCUCCAAACAUGGACAACAUCACAGUAGAGCCUUCGGGCGUCGAUCUCAUGAACGCUCUUAACACGCUUUAUGAAAAUCGCAAAUCCUCCGACCUUACAGUCUACUGUCGGGGACGAACUUAUCCGGUCCAUAGGGCCGUCUUGUCUUCGCGCUCAGAUUUCUUUGACGGCGCAUGCAGGAAUCCAUUCAAGGAGUCACAACAAGGGUGGAUUGACCUCAGCGAAGAUGACCCUGAGGCCGUCCAACACAUGAUCAACUACUUCUAUACUCUCGAUUACCUCCCAGCUCCGCGCUCCCGACCCUCGCGAGGCUGGUCUAUAGGAACCGAGAAUCAAAGCACACCGAGUCUCUCGUCAACACCGUCAAGCUAUUUCAGUCCUGCCCCAAGCAGUCCAGCGACACCUACCUUUCCGCGCGAACAGCAGCGCAGACUCAACUUGUCUAUGGUCGAGGAUCCUCUGCUUGCGAUUGCUGCGGAAGUUGCAGCCAAGCCAGCCUCCGCGUCGCCGAUGCUCUCCCGCUUUGGAGUUCAUUCGCCCCUUGUUCCGUCGUCCGAAAUGGCGUACUUGCUUGCAGUGAAGGAACCUGUGCAUCCAAUAACUCCUAUGGACACGAUGAUCCGCGAGGAGCUACUGAGUAAGGCAUUCGACGAGGAAGAGUUAGUACACGAUCAGUCGACGGACUAUCACAAUGCACAUCUGGUAGUGCACGCCAAAGUGUAUGCCAUUGCGGAACAAUACGGCAUCAAAGGCCUCAAGACGCUGGCUAAGAAAAAGUACGCAGCACAAGUAACACACCACAGAGAAUCGCGCGAAUUUGCAGCCAGCCUGCCAGAGAUCUACGAUGGCACAAUCGAAACGGAUCGCGGGCUAAGGGACAUUGUCAUAGCCACAUUCAGGCGUUUUCCAGAGCUGGCUCAACGUCGCGACGUCCAAAUCGUGAUCAAAGAUACGCCCGGUCUCGCCUGGGAGCUUUUCCGACUAGCUUGGGGACUUCCUGUGUGAAAGUCGGAAGUGUAUACGAAAAGCUACCUUUUUUUUCUCCUUUGUCGAAACCGAGACAUCACACGGCGCGAUUUCGUUAAAAAGAUACCCCACUCGCUUUUUUGGGAUUUUUGAAGGGCAAGAAGCAAGCGAGCUUGUGAAAGCGGCAUGAACAACAAUAAGCAUCCGAAACACCCCAGCCGGUUAGCGAAGAGUGGGAAAGGACUGGGCAUCCUUCAGGCAUACGCUAUCUGCACUGCUAUUAAACCCCAGAGUAUGAAUAGGGAGACAUGGGAGCGUGAGCAGAAGCCUGUUAGUGUCUCGUCAAGUGCAAUGACGCGGGAAACUGCCGCUAUGCAGAUUACCACACUGUCUCUAACGGAGAUAUGAGUUGUUAAUGGCCUUGAAAUCUUCCUACAGCAAGGUUUGAAGCUAUUUUGAAACGGUGACACUGCAGCUCUGCGGAAGCGGUAACAAGCUUAGAAAGUUGUUUUAAGCUGUAAUACAGCAGCUGUGCGGAAGCUAGUUGUGUCGCUCAAGAGCUGGAGCAGUGUGAGGCAUGCGCACCACCAUCCUAGAUGCAUUGGUGCAGUUGUAGACCGCCGAGGAAUGUUUUAUUUUUAUUAGCGAUUGAUCAGCUUUUACUGCAUAGCGCUUCGGGAACCAGAAUCGAUCUGCAUAUUACCCUAGAACACGGUUUUGCACAUGUACUAAAUAUAUUGGUCUUAUUGUGAUCUGGAAUGUUAAAAGCACCAUGUAAAAAUCACUUAAGACUCUUCGAUUUUCAUGUGGGCCAAAACAAGCUAAAGUACGGACUUCGACGGUACAGCGAUGUCAUAACCGACUCUCCCUACCUUCCCCACAAGUCUCAAACGCAAAGUUGG